CGGCACUGAUGAUCAGUGCCCAGCAAUGCCACCCACCUGUGCCCAUCAGUGCCCUGCAGUGCCACCCACCUGUGCCCAUGAGUGCCACCCAUUAGUGCCUAGCAGUGCCACCCACCUGUGCCCAUCAGUGCCACCCCCCUAUGCCCAGCAGUGCCCCCCAUCAGUACUGCCCAUCAGUGCAGCAUCAUCAGUGCCAGCUCAUCAGUGCCGCCUAUCUGUGCCACUUCAAAAGUGCCCAUCAGUGCUGCCUAUCAGUGCCCAUCAGUGCUGCCUAUCAGUGCACCCU